AUGGCGGCCGUACCAGCUAAAAGAGCGUGUAGAAGAAGAUAUUAUCCUGGUGAUCCAACGAAAGAAGUGGUGAAAGCUGCUAUUGAAGGAGAUGUUGUUUUACUUAACGAAGUUCUCCAAGAGUUAAGCAGCAGCGAUCGAGCUUCUAUAUUGAAAGCAACAAUCAGUUCAGAGACCGGUUUUACUAUCCUUCAUCAUGUUGCUUGGCGUGCACAAGACUACCGGUAUGCAAGCAAUAAUGUCUUGAAUUGUUUGAUUGAAAACGGAGCGGAUGUAAACGUACGUUCGGCAGAUAGCAAAUGCACGCCAUUGAUGACUGCCAGUGAAGUUAAUGACCUCACUGUAAUAAAGUUCCUUUUAGAACAUGGUGCAGACGUUCAUCUUAAAGACAAGAAUGGCUUAACAAGUCUUCACUAUGCUGUUAUAGAUGUGCCCGAUGGUUUGAUCGCUUGUGAUGUUUUGAAGUGUUUAUUAGAAAAUGGGGCUGACAUCAAUGCACUUACGAAUUACAACAGCACCCCCCUGAUGCUAGCAAGUCGGUCAUGUGAUGUGAAUGUCAUCACGGGUCGAAAAACGACGGUAGGGCUCUUCACUUUGCCUGUGAAAGAGCGGCACAAUUGGAUAUUAUGCUUUGUCUGA